UUGGACCUGCGGCCCCGCCUCAGCGAGGAGGGCCGGCUUGAGCCCCUCGCCGGUCCCGGUCUUCCGGGGACUCUCCAAAGCGAUGCCCCGCUAUUGCGCUGCGACUUGUUGUAAGAACCGCCGGGGACGAAACAAUAAGGACCGGAAGCUGAGUUUUUACCCGUUUCCUCUACAUGACAAAGAAAGACUUGAAAAGUGGUUAAAGAAUAUGAAACGAGAUUCAUGGGUUCCCAGUAAAUACCAGUUCCUGUGUAGUGACCAUUUUACUCCUGACUCUCUUGACAUCAGAUGGGGUAUUCGAUAUUUAAAACAAACUGCAAUUCCAACAAUAUUUUCUUUGCCCGAAGACAAUCAGGGAAAAAACCCUUCCAAAAAAAAAUCUCAGAAGAAAAAAUUAGAAGAUGGGAAAGAAGUAUGCCUAAAAGCCAAGUCAGAAGAAUCACUUGCAUCAAAUGAGGGAAAGAAAAAUACAGUUAACACGGAUAUGCUCCCUGACCAUGCAGAAUUACUCGAUUCUUCUGCCUUGGUGAAGCCACCAGCUCCAAAAACGGGAAGUAUAAAAAAUAACAUGUUAACUCUUAAUCUAGUUAAACAAAAUACCAGAAAACCAGAAUCUACCUUGGCGACAUCAGUUAACCAAGAUAUAGGUAUAGGGGGUUUUCACUCAUCUUUUGAGAAUCUAAAUUCUACCACUAUUACUUUGACAACUUCAAAUUCAGAAGGUAUUCAACAGGCUUUGGAAGCCCAAGAAGUGCUUGAAAUAACUACCAAUCAUCUUGCUAAUUCAAACUUUACAAAUAAUUCCAUGGAAAUUAAGUCAACACAGGAAAAUCCAUUCUUCUUCAGCACAAUUAAUCAAACAGUUGAGGAAUUAAACACAAAUAAAGAAUCUCUUAUUGCCAUUUUUGUACCCACAGAAAAUUCUACAGCUGCAGUUAAUUCUUUUACACCUGCCCAGAAAGAAACCAUGGAAAUGGAAAACAUAGAUAUUGAAGACUCCUUAUAUAAGGAUAUAGACUAUGGAACAGAAGUUUUGCAAAUUGAACAUUCUUACUGUAGGCAAGACAUAAAUAAGGAACAUCUUUGGCAGAAAGUCUGUAAGCUACAUUCAAAGAUAACUCUUCUUGAGCUACAAGAGCAACAAACUCUAGGAAGACUGAAGUCUUUAGAAGCUCUUAUUAGGCAACUAAAACAGGAAAAUUGGCUAUCUGAAGAAAAUGUCAAGAUUAUAGAAAAUCAUUUCACAACAUACGAAGUCACAAUGAUGUAGAGUAAAAGUAAAGGUUUUAAAGCUAUGACUUUUAUAAAGUGAACUUUUUCCUGUAUAAAGAUCUCAUCUUAAUGAAGCUAUGAAAGUGCUCUAAUGUUAUGAACUGCAUGCUGUUCUUAUAAUGCUCAUGUCUGAGAAAAACCAGAGAGUUGUUGUACUAGAGAGAAAACAGUUUUAUUGAUUAUUUUCCAAAGUAAAGUUAGAAUAUAGUGAGUAAAAAGUAUUAUUCAGUCAGAAAUGAGAACAAAGAUAUGGUCAGAGAAUAGACCAGAAUAGAAGUCAGGUUCAGUAAUUUCCUGGUUCUACCAUUGGUAUAUGAUUUGGGCAAGUUACUUAUCAAGAUUGAGCCUCAGUCCCUAAUCUGUAAAAUAAGAGUACUUAUUAGAUCUCUGAUUAUCUGUUUCUUUAGAGUUUCUACCCUUUCUGUUUAGAUUCUUUCAUUAGAACAGGUUUUCUAUAAGAUAAUAUAUACUUUCAUAAUACUAGAAGUUGGCUAGAAUUUGAUAUUUUAAACUAUUGGAUUAUCCUCUAUAUUUAUUGAAUUCUGUGGUGUUUGACCUUUUGUCUAUAGUUAUAUAUCUGUAAUGUAAAGAAAAAUACUUUUAUAAUUUUAUUCCAAUUGAAGUAAACUAAUGAAUACUCAUUAGCCCAAUUCUUAGGACAGGUACUUUAAACUUAAAAGAAUGUGUAUUUCAGUACCUUAUAUGUGGCUAACCAUCACAAUACAUAGUCAUUUAAGCUUCUUAACAUUCUAUAUUUAUAAAGUUAUAUUUAUAAACCAAAAAUUAACGAAGUUAAUUUUAAAUAUAUACAUAUUUUAGAAUUCAUAGUUUGCAUCUAUUUCUUUAUAGGUGUAGCUUUUAAAAUGUGCGCUUGUGUCAUUUUUAAAUUCUAGAAUAAGAGAGUAAUACUUAACAGCAUACAGUCCUACUUUUGUGUAUUUCAUUGAAAUUUAUAAGCAAGAAAUUACAGAUAAAUGGUGAUGCCCUCAGGGAGACAAAAGUUUUCUCUUAGGAAAGGGAAGUGGUGUAAUAUAAAUUAAAAUGCUGCUUAUAUUCAGAUAAUUUUUUUUUCCCCUUUUGUCUUUUUUACUGACCGGCAAC